UAAAGUCAUCGAUUAAUUAGUUCUCUUACCUUGUUUUUCCAUAAUUUUUGGCUUGCUCAAUCACUUUCUGAAAAAUCCUUCCACGCAUUAAUCUAUCGCAAGCUAAGAAGAAUAUUGACCAUGUUGUGCCAAUACCCUGGGGACAACAAUAAAAUCGUUCCUUCAUCUCAAAAAACUAGUGUAAGCAAGAGUUCAGAUGAAAAAAGCAUGCCUUCAUCUAAGAAGAUUACACUAAGAAGUUCCGAUGGAGAAACCUUCGAGGUAGAGGAGGCAGUAGCCCUCCAAUCCAAAACCAUCAAGCACAUGAUCGAGGAAUCCUCCUCGAGCAACCAAGAGGUCAUCACUUUGCCUAUUGUCUCCGGCAAUAUCCUAGCCAAGGUAUUGCAAUACUGCGAGAAGCACAUCGAAGAUGACAGAAGCACCGCUAAGGAACUCAGCACAUGGGAUGCCGAUUUUGUCAAGCUCGAUGAAGACACGCUCUUUCAACUCGUCCUUGCUGCAAACUAUCUUGGUAUCGAGAGAUUGGUCGAUUUGGCGAGUGAAGGUGCAUGGAGCAAGGUGAGGCCAGAGAUCGGAGGUUUGGGUUUUCGCAAGAUGUAUGGAAACAACUGUAGUUCUUAUGAAGAUGAAGAGAUUGAGAUGGGGUACCUAUGGGUUUCGGGUAGUUAUACAGGGUAA